GUCGUUCGACGUGGCCCGUGGCAGGAUUUUUCGUCACAAGUGGUGCGCGAUGAGGCUCGUGGGGAGGUUAUUCUGCCUGUUCCUUGUGUUCGCCGGCUCGAACGCCGGCGGGUCGAUUCUCGUCCUGCUGGACAAUCUCGCAAUCAAGGAAACCCAUUCGAUAUUCUUCAAAACGUUGCAGGACAGCGGUUACGCCUUGACUUUCAAGUCGGCCGACGACCCAACCUUGCAGCUCGCCAAAUAUGGCGAAUAUCUGUACAAACACCUGAUAAUCUUCGCACCUACGGUGGAGGAGUUCGGCGGUGCUCUGAGCGUGGAUGCGAUAACGGAGUUUAUAGACGGCGGUGGGAACGUACUGCUCGCUGGCUCCUCGCAAUCCGGCGACGCCGUGCACGAAUUGGCCUCGGAGUGCGGCCUAGAGGUAGACGAGGAGGGCUCCACGGUGAUCGACCACAUGAACUACGAUGUUUCCGACGGCGGCCAGCAUACCACUAUAGUAGCAGAUCCAGCGAAUCUGAUAGACGCUCCGGUUAUCGUCGGAAGCAAGGACAUCCCACCGUUGUUGUACCAGGGAACCGGACUGAUCGCGGACACGGAUAAUCCUUUAAUUUUACGUUUAUUGUCAGCAUCUACCUCGGCGUACACUUAUUAUCCGGAUCAACCGGUCAAGGAGUAUCCGCACGGCGUUGGCAAAAAUACCCUGCUGAUAGCGGCUCUGCAGGCGAGAAAUAAUGCCCGAGUUUUGUUCUCGGGCUCGCUAUUUUUCUUCAGCGACGAGGCAUUCACCAGCCCAGUUCAAAAAGGACAAGGUGGUAAGAGAUACGAGAAGUCCGGCAAUCAGGUGGUGGCCAAGGCGAUAGCGCAGUGGGUGUUCAAGGAGAACGGUGUCAUACGCGUGUCGUCCGUACACCACCAUCGAGUCGGCGAGACCCAGCCGCCGGCCGCGUAUACGAUCAUGGACGACGUGGUGUACUCGAUCGAGGUCGAGCGGCUGUCGAACGGCAAUUGGGUGCCCUACGAGACGAACGAUCUGCAACUGGAGUUCGUGCGGAUCGACCCGUUUGUGCGAAUGACCAUGAAACCGGUGGGGAACGGCCGCUACGAGGGCAGGUUUAAGAUCCCCGACGUGUACGGGGUGUACCAGUUCAAGGUGGACUACACGCGCAUCGGACUGACGCAUCUUUACAGCACCACGCAGGUCUCGGUGCGCCCGUUGCAGCACACGCAGUACGAGCGCUUCAUACCGAGCGCGUUCCCGUAUUACAUAAGCGCGUUCUCCAUGAUGGCCGGCGUGUUCCUGUUCUCCCUCGUCUUGCUGCACUACAAAGAGGACGCGAAGCCGAAGUCGGAAUAACGUCCCGGCGGCGCUCGCGGAUGUUAUCGUCGUCCGAUUGGAUGUCCUCUCUCUCUCUCUCGCGAAGGCUGCAGUAUCACGUUUUCUUGUUUUCGCGGAAAGUGUGAUACUAUAGAGAAGAACUCGUAAGGGUAGAAAGUUCAACUUUUAAUACCACUUAUUUAAUGUCGUUCUACAUCUUGGUGCGUGCGAUUUUCCGGGUAUCGGUGCUGUUUAUUAAACGCAGCACUCUCUAUGGAUAACAACGUGACGUUAUGUCGUAAAAAGUCGCGUUCCUGUACGUACAUGUUUAAGAUUUUAUAAUGUUUCUCCACAAAAGAAAACCAAAAAAAAAAUCGAGAGGAAAUUUUUUUCAUGCAGUUUCCAUUUGUUCCCACGUUUCUUCGAGAAAUAGAGCACUGUAUAUAAAACCAUUACAAUAGAUUGUAUGUAAGAUUGUACUAAAAGAUCGCUAUAACAAUCGGGACGAAUAAAUGCUAAAAAUUA